UGGUACGUCUAGUCAUAAUUUUUUUUUUUUUUUGUCAUAACCUAACUAACUUGGCUACUUGUGUCUCAGUCAGUGUUGGGAAUGCAGCCACCACUCCCACCGGAUGCAGUCAGAGAGCUGGUGUGUUCCUGUCUUCACAGGGACCCAGUAGCCGCUGACCUGAGAUGCAGCCUGUUUGUGGCCGCUGCUCAGAACUACAAGAGGGACUCAGUGCUCAGACCCUACCCCCCCAGAUACAUCAGAGACACAGACACCAAGGACUUUGAUGAGCUGCUGUCAGAUGUGAGCAGUUUGCCUGGUGUGAGGGAGCUGGUGAGACUGAGACCUGGUGAAGCAGACCAUCAUCUGGCCCUCACACACUGGGUUCUCUCCUCCAAGAGCUUCGCUGUGAAGACACUACAGAAAGACGAGUAUGCCAAGCUGUGUAACCUGACUGAGAGUGAGGGGAUCUCCACGCCUGUUCCAGACUUCCUGUUUGAGCUGGAGUACUGUGACCAGAUGAACGCUAAGUUUGAGAAGACACGGGCGGGACGCGACCUCUUGUAUGCAUUCCACGGCAGCCGACUGGAGAACUUUCAUUCUAUCAUCCACAACGGACUACACUGCCACCUCAACAAGACGUCGUUGUUCGGUGAGGGCACCUACCUCACCAGUGACCUCGGCAUGGCGGUCCUCUACAGUCCCCAUGGCAACGGUUGGCGUGACAGUCUCCUGGGACCGUUGCUAAGCUGUGUCGCCAUGUGUGAGGUCAUCGACCACCCGGACGUUAAGUGCCAGGUGAAGAGAAAAGACUCAGAGACCAUUGAUCGCCAGCGCUCCAGAGCCAGGAACAGUGAAGGAGGAGAGGUUCCUCAGAAGUACUUUGUGGUCACCAACAAUCAGCUCCUCAGAGUCAAGUACCUGCUAGUGUACUCUCAGAGAAGACACCUGUCCAGACAUUCCCGGCGCAGGUCGUGGCCGGUCAGACAUCACUUUGCCAUCAUGAUGAGUCUGUACCUGCUGCUACUCAUCUUCAUCGGUGCCUUCAACUCUACCACAUUCCUCUCCUUCUGGAACCGGCUGUUCCGGUGACAU